CCAUUACGUACCAUUUCUGUAAACCAGGUCUCCUUUGGUCUCCCAACUGGGUUAUCGAUUUCCAGCCCCAAAGCGUCGUCACCCGUUGGCCCGCUGGUUUGUGUUUCGGCUUCUGUCCUACUUGCACCUGAACCAUACCUAGCAUCGAAUAGAGAACGCCCACCAUGUCCGUCGAGAUCGAACCUGCGGAGCUCGAAUUCCGCAGACCUUUCACGGUCGAGGUCGGGCAGAUCCUCAAGAUCAAGAACAUAAACACUGCGCCCGUGGCUUUUAAGGUCAAAACAACUGCCCCGAAACAGUACUGCGUGCGGCCAAACUCAGGCCGUGUUGAGCCUGGCCAUGAGGUGGAAGUUACCGUCCUUCUACAAGCGAUGAAGUCUGAGCCGGCUCUUGAUGCAAGAUGUCGGGACAAGUUUCUUGUCCAGUCUGUGGCUAUCACCGGCGACAAGGAGUUCACAAACGUGCAACAGAUCUGGGAUACGGUUGAAAAGGGUGCUGUUCAGGAAAGGAAGAUAAGGGUGACCUGGCUUCCUGCAUUGGAGGAAGGACUUCAGGCUCCAGCGACGACCCCUCUCCGCCGUUCCCUGGCAAACGGGGAGGCGACUCCCGAUACUACACUGCCGGCUUACUCGUCCCCAAGCGAAAACAGCAACUAUGCUGGCACUGCAGCUGCCGCCGUCGAGCCAGAGAAGCGGGAGGCUAAGGCAGGGGAUGAUCCGGCCCGAUCCACAACUUCGGCAACGGCGAUGGCGGCUGCGAACUCUGCCUCCGAGUUCGCGUCAGAUGAGGAUAAGAUCCCGGCCGGUUCGGGCCAUGCCACCAGCAAUUUGAACCAGGACACCGGCGGUCUGAGACAGCGCAAGACGGCUGGCUCGUCGUCAGACCAACCGCAUUCUCGACACACAGUGCCAGAGCUUACCCAGGCUGUCCGGCAGGGUACCGAGGGUGUGCCCAUCCAUAUUGUAGCACUCUUGUGCUUGCUCAGCUUCUUGCUGGCCUAUUUCUUCUUCUAGGAACCCCCAAUGGGAUACGAAACAUAAUUUGUUGCGUUGCGGCGGUACCCUGACUGUGCUGCUAGGAUAUGUUAUUACAUAUUAGCAGGAUAGGCCCCCUUUUUAUGACGGAUCCGAGAUGGUUGAUGGGGAGGGGGCCAAGCUGGGGAGUCGGACAAAGUGUGGAUGCCACGACCAUCCGGUGAGACGGCUUAUGAAAUAUUGACUCUGCUCUCUUGACUCGUCUCAGGCUGGCAGUGUUUCUCUUG